AUGACAACAGUAUUUGUCACAGGGGCAACUGGGUUCAUAGCGUUACAUACGGUCAAACAAUUGAUCUCAAAGGGAUAUAAGGUGAUUGGGACCGUACGUUCGGAAUCUAAAGGAGAAAAGCUUGUCAAAUCAUUGGGGUCUACCAAUUUCAAGUACGUUAUUGUUCCUGAUAUUGUAGCAGAAGGUGCUUUUGAUCAAGCUUUAAAAGAAAAUCCAGAGAUUAAAGUUUUCCUACAUACUGCUUCUCCAGUAUUAUUUGAGUCAAAUAAUAUUGAAGAGGAACUUUUAAAACCAGCAAUUAGAGGUACGAAAAAUGCAUUCGAUGCAAUUUUCAAAUAUGGUUCUCAAAUAACUUCGGUUGUACUUACUUCUUCAUUCGCUGCUGUAACAAAGAACGGUAAAGAUGAUCCGGUUUACAAUGAAGAUUCUUGGAAUGAUAUGACUUACGAAGAUUCCUUAACGGAUAAAAGAUUGGGUUAUAGGGGUUCCAAAACUUAUGCUGAAAAAAGUGCUUGGGACUUUAUUAAAAAUAAUAAAGUCAAUUUCACUUUGAACGUUAUUAAUCCUUCUUUUGUAUUUGGACCUCAGGCUUUUGAUAAUAAUAAAGAUAUAUUGAAUUUUUCAGCAGAAAUUGUUAACAAAUAUGUUAAGUUAAACAAAGAUGAUGAAAUCCCUUCAUUUACAGGUGGGUUUAUUGAUGUUAGAGAUGUUGCUAAAGCUCAUAUAGUUGCAUUUGAAAAUUCAAGUAUCAAGAAUCAACGUUUGUUGUUAUGGAAUGGUAAAUUCAAUUCACAAAUUAUUUUGGACUUGAUCCAUGAAAAUUUUCCUCAAUUGAAUGAUAAGGUCCCCAAGGGUGAACCUGGAUCUGGUGAAAAACUUCUUAGUCUUCAAUCUCAAAUUGAUAAUUCUAAAUCUAAGAAAUUAUUAGAUUUUGAAUUCAUCUCUUUGAAACAAUCUAUUGUGGAUACUGUUAGUCAAAUUUUGAAAUCAAAACUGAACUAA